GCACACAGAAACCCUAUUUUUUUCCAUUCACUAUAUAUAUUCGCAUAAACCCUACAAACCCUUCUCUCUCGCACCACUCGCUCAAACCUCGCACCCUCUUCCAAAACCAAAAACCCUAACGUGCUCAUUUCUCUCUCUUCCUCCAAUGGAGUUUUGGGGUGCUGAGGUUAAGGUUGGGGAAACUGUUAAGGUCGACCCAAGCGAGUUUGAGGCAUGCAUUCACCUUUCCCAGGCUGCUCUUGGUGAGUCAAAGAAGGACAAAGAACCUGUGGUCCUUUCCCUGAAAGUUGGUGACCAGAAAUUUGUUCUGGGAACCCUUAACAGGGAGAAGAUUCCUCAAGUGUCUCUUGAAUUAGUUCUUGACAGGGAGUUUGAGCUUUCUCACAACUCUAAAACUGCUAGUGUUCAUUUCUGUGGAUACAAAGCAUACUACCCUGCUGAUGAAAGCGAGGAUGAUUUUUCUGAUAGUGAUGAGAGUGAUGAGGAUAUCCCAUUGAACGCUGAGAAUGGGAAGCCUGUGAUAAAAGCUGAGGAGUUAAAGGUAACUGGGUCUAAAAAGGCUGAUGCCAAGAGUGGUGCCUCAGCAAAACAAGUCAAGGUUAUUGACCCCAAGAAAGAUGAAGAGGAUGAUUCUGAUGAUGAAGAUGAUGAAGAUGAUGAUUCUGAUGAGGAGAUGGAUGAUGCUGAUAGUGACAGUGAUGAGAGCGACAGUGAUGAUACUGAUGAAGAGACCCCUGUUAAGAAGGCUGAUCAGGGAAAGAAGAGAGCUAAUGACUCUGCAUUAAAAACCCCAGUUUCUACCAAGAAGGCAAAAAACAUCACGCCUGAAAAGACUGAUGGUAAGAAAACAGGACAUACUGCCACUCCUCACCCUGGGAAGAAAGGUGGAAAGAAUUCUGAGUCUAAGGCUCAGACUCCCAAGUCGGGUGGACAGUUCUCUUGCUCUCCCUGUAGCAAGUCUUUCAAUUCUGAGAGUGGUUUCCAACAACAUAAAAAGGCUAAGCAUGGUGGUCAGUGAUGCUACAUCUGUCAGUUCAAACUUCAUCAUGUAUCAUUUUUCAUUACUGCGCAUUACAGUGAGUAUCCUAAAGGCACUAGGUGUUUGUCCUUACUUUUUGGUGUAGUAAACUGGCGAAAAGUCUCAAGUUUUGUUUGACAUUGUAUUGAGAUGUUCUACUGCUUGUUUAUUUGAACGGUUUGAUUUUUAUUUAUACCAUUGAGGGUUGUAGGCA